UAAGUCGAUGUUCUGGUUAGAAGAGAUAACACUUUUUGUCCCUCCUGGUGGCCCCCUAGUGUCGCCAUUAGUUGCUAAUUACUUGCAAACAAAUAAACAAUUAACUCCUCGUGCCUCUUGGUGGGAGAGUUUUCAUUGACAUGCUAAAACUUUCUAAUAAAAGAUUUUAAUUAAUGACGUAGCAAAUCCAACCCCCUUGUCAACACAGUUAUAAAGAGAAAAUGCAAGAAAAUGCAAGUACAGUCUGUGCACCACAUAUACUGAAGGUGAAAGAAUGGCAAGUACAUCAUUACCUUCUGCCAAUACAGCAGCAUCUCAGAAUUGCCAGAAAGCAUCUGGUUCCAUGGAAAAUAAAGCCACACAUUCCUCAUUUUCCAUUGAAAGUAUCUUGGGAUUAGAGCAGAAAGAUGAAGGCAUUCCAGCUGCAAAACCUCACAGACCAUGGAUAGAUACGUGCAACAACUUAGUUUUAGGAGAAGAUGGUAACCCACAAACGCAGCUCUCUGCCAUUUCCUGUGAAAGGCCAUUACUGCAUGCUAACAAUUACCUAAUGCAGCAGGAAAGACUUUUGAAAUGUGAAAAAUAUUUCUCAGUUACUGAAAAGGUGUCUUACAAAAGAGAACUGAGCUGGUACAGAGGCAGGAGACCAAGAACUGCUUUCACUAGAAGUCAGAUUGAAGUGCUGGAAAGUGUGUUUAGAGUGAACUCCUAUCCUGGCAUUGAUGUCAGAGAAGAACUAGCUCACAAACUAGAUUUAGAUGAAGACAGAAUCCAGAUCUGGUUCCAGAAUCGUCGUGCAAAGCUGAAAAGAUCCCACAGAGAAUCUCAGUUUCUAAUGGUGAAAAACACUUUCACCUCCAACCUACUAGAAUAGGAAGAAACCAGAUGGUUCACCAUUAUGCUACUGUGGUAAAACAUGAGUUGUUACUUGCUAUUCAUAAUUUGUAUUAAAUACUGAUGAUGUAGUAUUUUUACUUUGGAACUUUACA